CUGGAACAAGCUGCCGCUGCAAAAAAGCCACGCUGCGAUCGAGCUGGAACAAGCUGCCGCUGCAAAAAAAUCACGCUGCGAUCGCGCUUGAAGAAGCUGCCGCUGCAAAAAAAUCACGCUGCGAUCGAGCUGGAACAAGCUGCCGCUGCAAAAAAAUCACGCUGCGAUCGAGCUGGAACAAGCUGCCGCUGCAAAAAAGCCACGCUGCGAUCGAGCUGGAACAAGCUGCCGCUGCAAAAAGCACGCUGCGAUCGAGCUGGAACAAGCUGCCGCUGCAAAAAAAUCACGCUGCGAUCGCGCUUGAAGAAGCUGCCGCUGCAAAAAAGCCACGCUGCGAUCGCGCUUGAAGAAGCUGCCGCUGCAAAAAUCACGCUGCGAUCGAGCUGGAACAAGCUGCCGCUGCAAAAAGCACGCUGCGAUCGAGCUGGAACAAGCUGCCGCUGCAAAAAAGCCACGCUGCGAUCGAGCUGGAACAAGCUGCCGCUGCAAAAAUCACGCUGCGAUCGAGCUGGAACAAGCUGCCGCUGCAAAAGCCACGCUGCGAUCGAGCUGGAACAAGCUGCCGCUGCAAAAAUCACGCUGCGAUCGCGCUUGAAGAAGCUGCCGCUGCAAAAAUCACGCUGCGAUCGAGCUGGAACAAGCUGCCGCUGCAAAAAGCACGCUGCGAUCGAGCUGGAACAAGCUGCCGCUGCAAAAAAGCCACGCUGCGAUCGAGCUGGAACAAGCUGCCGCUGCAAAAAAGCCACGCUGCGAUCGAGCUGGAACAAGCUGCCGCUGCAAAAAAAUCACGCUGCGAUCGAGCUGGAACAAGCUGCCGCUGCAAAAAAGCCACGCUGCGAUCGAGCUGGAACAAGCUGCCGCUGCAAAAAUCACGCUGCGAUCGAGCUGGAACAAGCUGCCGCUGCAAAAAUCACGCUGCGAUCGAGCUGGAACAAGCUGCCGCUGCAAAAAUCACGCUGCGAUCGAGCUGGAACAAGCUGCCGCUGCAAAAGCCACGCUGCGAUCGAGCUGGAACAAGCUGCCGCUGCAAAAAAAUCACGCUGCGAUCGAGCUGGAACAAGCUGCCGCUGCAAAAAUCACGCUGCGAUCGAGCUGGAACAAGCUGCCGCUGCAAAAAAAUCACGCUGCGAUCGAGCUGGAACAAGCUGCCGCUGCAAAAAAGCCACGCUGCGAUCGAGCUGGAACAAGCUGCCGCUGCAAAAAAAUCACGCUGCGAUCGAGCUGGAACAAGCUGCCGCUGCAAAAAAAUCACGCUGA